UUCUGUGGAUAAUAAUAAUUUGUUGAUGACAAACGGUAAUAAUCAAUCAAAAUCAAAUGGAAUUAACAAUCAUAAUCAUAAUGAUAAAUCAAAUGGAUCAAUGGUGAUUGGUAAAACAUUUGGUCGUUAUCUUUAUGAAAGUUUUAAUCAUGGAAAUCUUGAUGAAUUAUUUCGUCCUGGACAACAAUCAAUCGAAAAUUAUAAUUUAACAUUAGCACAUCAACGUGCAAAUUGUGCAUUAGAUAUGUAUCUUGGUGAAAAUAAUGUACAAGGUGGUAUUGAACGUUUUGCCGAUAUUAUUGAUGAAGGUCCAAUGGAAUCAUUAUCAUGGGCUGCUUGUUUUGUAAUACGUGCCGGUCUUACACUUGAUAAAGAUGAUAUUGAAAGAGCACAUAAAUGUUUACAACAUACGGCCAAAAUGUGUCAAAAAAUGAUGAAACAUUCAUUUUUUGAUAAUAUUUCUAAAUGGAUUGUUGCACCAAAUUAUGAUAAAUAUACUGAUGUGGAAAUAUUUGCCGAAAGUUAUUAUGCACAACAAUUGGCAUUAUCGAUUGCAUUGUAUGCAUUUGAAACAAAUAGUGUUUUUACAUUGAUUAAAUUGGCCUAUCAUUUACGUGGUUUAGUACGUAAACAUAAUGAAUUAUGGCAAGUGAAAAAACGUCGUAAAUUAUGGCAAGAUGAACAUGCACGGUUAUAUUUUGAAGCACAUAUGCGUUUUGCUAACGGUAUGAUCAAUGUUGUCAUUAGCCAUACACCACCGAAAUUUUUGCGUAUUAUGAAUUUUCUUGGUUAUAAGGGUACUGAAACAAUCGGUUUAAAUGAAAUGAAUCGUGUUGCAUUUGAUUUGAAUGCCGGUUAUUGGACAAAAAUGGCACAAUUAACACUUAUUUAUUAUUGGGUUUAUGGUAAACCACAUGGUGAAAAUGUACCCGAUGAUUUAUCAUUAUGUAAAAAAUUAAUUGAAGCUGAAUUACAAAUGUUUCCACAGAGCAUGUUAUAUGGAUUAGCUAAAGCUAAAAUUGAACAAAUUAAUGGUGAAUUUGAUCGUGCUAUUGAAAUAUUACAAGGUUUAGUUCGAGCACCGAAUCUUGCCAUUGCAUAUAAAGCAUUUUAUUUUGAAUUAAUUUGGUGUUAUGCAAUCAAAUUGGAUUGGAAUAAUUGUAUUGAAUGUGCGGAUAAAAUACGUGAAAGUAAACAUUCACCUGUUUGUAUGGCAUAUUUGAAUGCUGUUUUUCGUUAUGUAAAAGGUGUUGAUGAUAAAAAUCAACAAUUAUUGGAUCAAGCAUCUGAAGAAUUUGAACGAUUACCAAGUCUUCGUAUUAGACAUUUUGGUAAAACAAUGACAACUGAAAAAGCUGCAUUAGCAAAUGCAGCAUUAUAUUUUAAAAAAGGAAAAUGUCUUGUAUUGCCCGUUAUUGCAAUGCUUUAUUCGGGAAAUUAUUUAAUGUUUGUUCGUGAUCAUGAUCAAUUGGCCAAACUAAUGGAACGUUGUGAACGUGAAGUAAAACUUUAUGAACAAGAUAUUGAAAAUUCACAUUAUCUUGAUAAUUAUCUAACGGCAUUAUUCUAUAAAUGUGUUCUAUUACGACGACAACAACGGUUUGUUGAUGCACGGAAAAAUCUUCAAUUUAUACUUGAUUCUCGUGAUCGUAUCGAAUUAGAAACAUCAAUCGUACCAAUGGCAACAUUAGAAAUGGGACUAAUUGAAAUUGAACAAAAUAAUCAUGAUGAAGCAAAAAAAUGGUUAGAUCAUGCGGAAAAAGAUUUUGCCGGUUAUACUGCUGAAAAUUUUGUACAUUUAAAAGUUUAUGCUGCCAUACGUAUGAUGGGCUAUAAAACGGAUAAAGAAAUGGCUAAUAAAGAAAAAUGUAAUAAACAAACAUAUCAUACAAUGGCUUAA